UUUAAACAAGUUGACUUGGGGAAUUCCCUGGUGGUCCAGGGGUUAAGACUUGGGCUUUCACUGCCGUGGACCCAGGUUUGACCCCUGGUCGGGGAACUAAGAUCCCACAAGUGAUGCAGUGUGGCAAAAAAAAAAAAAAAAAAAAGUUGACUUGGGCUGCAGUAAAUGAUUUGGAGGGUGUGGUGUUAGAGACUAGUAUGCAGUGAAGAUGGAGAAAAGUGGGCAAAAUAUAAGAUUUUUGAAGGCAUGGCCCUUAGGAUUUGUUGAUGAACUGGCUGGCAGGGGACACAAGGGAAGAGGUAGAGGAUGGCUCCCCAACUCCUAGCUUUAGUAUCUAGUGGAUGAUGGUGCCAUUUCCCGAAGCAGGGUCCAGGGCAGACCACGUUUUUAGGGAAAAUCAAGAAUUUGGGCAUGAUAAACUUCAGAUGCCUAUGAGACAUCUAAGAGAAGACAAGCCUGGAGCCCAGAGGUCAGGGUGCGAGAAAGGAAUUUUGGUCUUCAGGAAACACAGCAGUGAGAGCUAUGUGACAGGAUGAAAUCAAGGAAGGGGAAAAGGAAAAAUGGCCCAUCGAGAGGUUAAUGGAGGAGGCAACAGCCAAGGAGGCCAAGGCAGCAACAGUGAGCUGGGAGGAAGACCAGAAGGCGGAAAGAGACCUUCAGAGAGAAGUCACCAACUGCGUGCAAUGCUGGAGGGUCAGGACAGAGGCCAGGAAAUACCUACUGGACGUGGUGACAAGGAGGUGAUGAGCAAUUCAGGCGAGAGCACCGUCAGUGACACGGCGGGGAGACACGGCGCUCUAGAGGGCAGGGAGUGAACAAUUUAGUUUUAGCAAAAUUCCAUCACAUUAAUCUGAAUUUGUCCUGUGAUUUUACACUUUGUAUUAUGAGCUGCAAGACAGCCUUGGAUAUGCGCCGAGUUUUGUAUUCGCACCUACUGUGCUUCAGUGAAUCCAAGGCUGCAUUGUAUGUCCCACUAAGAAAAAUGCUAAAAUGGCGGAGGCGACAAGACCUCUCCUGGCCCCAGUGACGAUGGCAGCGUUUCAUGAGGUGGAGAUCAAGGACUUCCAAUAUGACGAGGUCUCGGAGAUGUACUUCUACCCCUGCCCGUGUGGGGAUAACUUCUGCGUCACCAAGGAACAUACGGAGAAUGGGGAAGAUGUGGCAACCCGCCCCAGCUGCUCUCUCAUUAUAAAAGCGAUCUAUGACAAAGAUCGGUUUACAUGUGACGGGACAGUCCCAGCCGCUCCCCCCAACGAAGAACUAGUUAAAUGCCGAAGACUCAGGACUCCAGAGCCUCAACUUUGGGGAAGGAGCCAAGCUGGGAAAAUCAAACGCCACGUCACCGGCUUCUUCACGGGGACAAUCCUUGUGCAGUUUGCUAUUUGUUAGUGCGGAUUCUUUCCGUCGGCUGCCAGGUUCACCUCCAGCUGAAGAAGCAA